CGCACGCAACUCGCUAUCCACUCGUACUACACGCCCAUGCACCCGCAGGCGCUUGCGCCCGCCUGCGCCUUAGACGUCGAUGGUGCUAGAGCACCCCUUCAACAUGCGGCACUCUCAGCACGUUCACAAGCGUUCGUGCACAGCACAAGCGAAGUCAUCAAGUUGUACAUGGCGCCGCCGCAUGCGUCGAGAAGAAGCGGCAGGUCACGCGUCAGGCCACGCCCGGGGCACGCAGCCCGCGCCCCAUGCCGAACGUUGCUCGUUCCCGUGGGUGGAGCAGGGACGCGGCCGUUUUCUGUCGAAACGAAGCUCGCAUCGGCAGUGAUGGCUGGUGAUGACAACAUUGAGCAACUCUCUCGCAUGAUGACGAAGCGCGGGGCAGCUGCAUCAACCGCGUGGGGUCUAGGGCAAAGCAGUAGCAGCAGCAGCGCGGGAAGCAGAGGGAGAAGCAGCGACCACCAGGACAAGCGGAAGUCCCAGAGGAGAACACAGCGAUCCGUCGAGGAAAAGGUUGUCGAGUCUGGUUUGACUGCAGAGGAAGGCAGCAACGGCGGUGCUGGUACUACUACCGCUGCUGCUACUAUUUCAGCCCGAAGAGGGAAACAGGUAAACGGCUCUCCGCCAGCAGCUAGGAUAGGAGCUGGUGAGGAAGGAAACGAUGGCCGUUCGGAGGGAACGGCGAGCAGCAGCAGCGGGGCCAAAUCCGAGGCCGAUGCUCAGGUCGAUGCUGCGUUGGUGAAAGUACGGCAGAAGACGUUCUUGAAGCGCGUGGUGGAGCUCGGCCUUCGCGGACGGGCUAAGGAGGUGCUGGACCUGAUGGAGGACGUCAAAAGGGAAAGGUUUCCUCCGUUCAACAUCUACAUGUACAACGCGUGCAUCACGGCGCUAGCACGGUGCGGUCGCUGGAGACAAGCACUGGCCAUUCUCGACCACAUGCGCUUUAGUGCUAACGCUGCCGAGGCGGCCGCCGCCGCCACCGUCGAUACCGCCCUCAAAGCGGACCCAGCGGCCGGCGUCGACGGCGGUGCGGCAAUGUCACCGCCCGCCCCGGCUGCCGUGCGGCCCGACGUCUUUAGUUAUAGCGCGGCGAUCACGGCUUGCGGCAACUGCGGUGAAUGGCGGCGGGCGCUGGCGCUUCUGCGCGUCAUGCGAGAGCAAGGGGUCGUGAGCUACAACGCCGCCGCUCACGCGUGCGUCGGCGAUCAAAGAAAAAUUGGAGAGACCCGCAUAAACGGCAACAACGGUGUCGCCGAGCAACGAGGACGGGCUGCCGAGGAGGAGGACGAGGACGAGGAGGAAGGUUGGGCGAUUGUCCUAGGGCUGAUGGAGGAGAUGCGCGCGGAGGGCGUAGCCCCGGACGUCUUCACCUUCACCACCGCCAUCACGGCCUGCGGAAAGGCGGGCCAAUGGGAGCGGGCGCUGGACCUGCUUGAGGAAAUGGGUGGCGGGGGUGGCGGCGACGACGGGCUCCGGCGGCGGCGCACCGGCGUCCCGAUCGCCCCCGACGUGGCUUCGAUCAACGCGGCGAUCUCGGCAUGCGCUCGCGCGGGCCAGUGGGAGAGCGCGCUCGGUCUCUUGGGCAGGAUGGCGGCGCCGGCGGGGGGAGGGCUUGUUGGCUCCUCGGUCGGCGGUAUCAGUAGCGACGACGAUGAUGAUGCAGAGCAGGGGGGCGCGGCCGCGAGCUCUGACGCGUUCUCGUGGGCUACGGCGGCGUCACCGGACUUAAGAGCUAGCAGUGGUCGUGAUAGUAGCAGGGACGCUAGGAGGGGGGUCGGUAGAACGGCGGCGGCAAGCGCUGCCGAAGGAACGGGGGAGGGGGCUGCCUGGCCUGCCGCGGACGCGGUGAGCUUCAACUCCGCCAUGGAGGCGUGCGCGAUCGCCGGGCGGUGGCGGGAAGGGACCGCGCUCCUGCCCCGGAUGCUGGAGGUGGGCGUACGGCCGGACGUGUGCAGCUACGGCGGCCACCUCGCCUGCCUCCGCGCUGGCGGGCAGUGGCAGCGCGCGGUGGAGGUCUUAGACGAGAUGACGAAAGCGGCGGCGAAAGCGGGCACGGGCAUCGGCGGUACCGGGGAAGAAGAAGCAGCUGGCGUAAGCCCCGACCUUGGGUGCUACGCCGCGGUCAUAUCCACCCUCGGCGAGGCGGGGAGGUGGAAGCAGGCGCUCGACCUUCUCCGGUUUCUGCAGAGGAAGGGGUCCUCGGCGGCGACGUGUGGUGAGGAGCCAGCGGCGCGGGAGGAGCGGGCGGCCGGCUGGGACGCGUUGGCGGCCGAGGCAAGAGGCGGGGGCGCCGCGAUCUCGUCCUCUCCCGCCGCGGGUCCGAACCUCGUGUGCUACAACGCCGCCCUCACGGCCUGCGCGAGGGCCAGGGAGGGUUCAACCGCGCUUGAACUCUUGCAGGAGAUGGAAGGGAGGGGCGUCUUCGACACCGAGAGCUUCAACUGCGCCAUGCUCGCGUGCAGGGGGAACGGGCAGUGGCACAAGGCCACCGCGAUCCUGGACCGCAUGGUGAGCGGCGACGCCGUGCGGCUCGGGGAGGGCUCCGGGGGCACCGCCGGGAGCGCCGCCGCCGGGAAGGGCGGAUGGGGGGCGAGACUAAGAACCACGGUACCCCGGCCGGACGCGUACUCGUUCGCCUCGGCCAUCACGGCGUGUGGCGACGUGGGUCGGGCGGACGUCGCGCUGGAGUUGCUGCGGAAGAUGAAGUCGGCCGGCGCCGAGCCGAACGUGGUCGUCUUCAACGCGGUCAUCCGCGCCGUCUCUCGGGGCAUAAAGGGCCUGGCAUUUGGCGCUACUCCGGAACGGGCGGGCGUGACCGCUGCCGGGGAGGAGGGGUCGGCGGCUGGGGGUGGGUACGUGGCGGCGGGAAGAGGUGAAGGCGGAGAGGAUGGGGGUCACGACUCGUGGAGACGAGCGUAUUUCCUGUUGGUCGAGAUGCGAGAGGCCGGGCUCACGCCCGAGGUGAAGAGCUACAACACCGUCCUUGCCGUCUGCCAGAGGGCGGAGGCUUGGGAAGGCGCCUUGGAGGUCCUGGAGGAGAUGAAGAGCGGCACGGCCAAGAGGCCUGCGAGAUCAGGCCCGCGCGACCGAGACGCCGCCGCCCACGGCGCUGCCGUGAGCUCGUGGAUAGAAGAGCCGGCCCCUCCACCCAAUCUCGUGAGCUUCAACACGGCCAUGGGCGCGUGCGGGAAAGCCGGCCAGUGGGAGAAGGCCUUGAGCCUGCUGGAGGAGAUUGCCGAUUCCGGCUUCGCUCCCAACGCGAUCAGCUACAACACGGCGGCGGCCGCGUGCGCUCGCGUGGAAGAGUGGGAUUGCGCGCAAGAGAUUGUCGAGCGCGGGCGGGAAGCGGGUGUUAUUGCUGCCGCCGGAGGCGUCGGCCGACACGGAGAGGUUCACCAACACCGGGAAGGGACCGGGGAGAUGGACGAUGGUGUUGCGUCGGUUGACAUGAGCGGUUUUUACGCAACGAUUGAGGAGAUGGUUCGCCGGCAGAAACGCGGUAGACAUCAAAGCCACCAGGGUGGCAAUGCUGGAUACGGUUCGGGGGAUGUAAGGAGAGAUGGCGAACGAGGCAGCAGCGCCAGCAGCGGUGGCAAUGCCACCAGUAGAAGCUGAGCUUGUCGGGUGCGGGCUUCACCCUGUAUCGAACAACAACGCGUUUAUAACAGGUUGUAGACCAAGUGCCAGGCCUCACUUUGAUCAGCAUUUGGUUGACGACGUAUAGGUUUUGCGUUUCCUAGAGGGUAAACCAGCACAAAACGGCUCAAGAGGCUGUGUCCUCGGGGUAAUGGGAAACCGUUUGGGUUGGUCUUGCCUGCUGGGUUCCAGCAGAAGACGUGAAGCCGGGUUCGGUGUAAAUAUUCAAGCUCUUUGAUCGAGGCAAAACCUCCAGCAUUCCCAAGCACCUGUGACGGUGUGCAAGCGUUUCCCCGUGUCGUGUUCCAUUUUCUCCUGAGUGUGUUGCUGGGGGUUCUUCUUUUACAUAUAGUGGCCCGCAUGUAGUGUUGUUCAGUGCAGAGAGUCGGGGCUGUAUGCGUCCAGCACCUCCCGCGAUUGGACGUUGCCUUCGCUAAAUUCGAGUCGUCCGUUAUCACUCUAGGUAGCUUGCUGAUUCAUCUAUGUCUCCGUCUGCCCUCUUUUGGCUGAACACACUCCACGUUCUUGGACAUAUCAUCAGACAACAAUCAAGUAGGAUUAGGCCACGCAGUUCCACAGCAAAUUUUACGGCAUGGCCGAGAAGGUGAUGGUUGAGCGUUCAGUCCUU